CAAAACAUUGAUCUAGAAAUUAGAGGACGCUAGGAGAAAGUACGACGUCAGCGGCUUCUACGAAGACGAGUCCGACGCCGACGAGAUCUUCAGAAGCUUCUUCGGCGGAGGAGGGAUGGCUCCCGCUGCUAGUCAUUGGGACGAUUCAUUUUAGAUUGGGUUCAUUGGAUGGAUUCACAAACACUUGACACACUAGCAGCUCUUGAGGCUGCGAAUGAGCAAAUGGAGGUUGAUGAUGAUGAUGAAGCAGAAACUCAAGGACAAGCACAAAGUGAAACUCAACCUGUUCAAGCAACUGAAACUGUGAGUCAUUCUAAACGCGCAAAGUCUCUUGUUUGGAACCAUUUCGUAGUAGUAGGAGUAGAGGCAGAUGGAAAAAGAAGGAGUCGUUGCAUUCAUUGUAAUAAGAAGUUAGUAUCAAAGCAUUUGCUGUUGGUCUUCUGGAAAAUAUCCGAGAGAGUAUUAAGUUUGUCAAAGCAUCUGGAUCAAGGAUAGAAGCAUUUGCAGCAUGUGUUCAGAGUGUAGGGAUUAGGAGUGGAGCUGGAUUGUCUCUAGAUGUACCAACCAGAUGGAAUUCAACUUAUGAUAUGCUUGCUAGAGCUCUGAAGUUUCGUGACGCAUUCACUAGUUUGAAAGAGUGUGACAGGAGUUACAAAUCAUUGCCUUCAGAGGAUGAGUGGGAUCGAGGGCAGAAAAUUUGUGAGUUUCUGAAGCCUUUCAGCACUAUUACAACGUUCUUCUCAGGCGUUAGAUAUCCAACGGCUAAUGCAUAUUUUCUACAAGUGUGGAAAAUUGAAUGCUUACUGAUGAAGUAUGCUAGUUGUGAUGAUCCAGUAAUGAAAGAGAUGGCUAAGAAAAUGAGAGUUAAGUUUUCUAAGUAUUGGGAUGAAUACAGUCUUGUUCUAGCUAUGGGGGCUGUUUUAGAUCCGAGAUUGAAGCUGCAAAUACUUAGAACAGCUUAUGACAAAGUGGAUCCGAGAAACGCUGAGAAAAAGGUUGAAGUUGUUAAGAAGAAUUUGAAAAAGCUUUAUGAAGAGUAUGGAGCCAAGUUUCAGAGUUCUUCUUCAACCUCUUCAGCAACACCGACUCCAUAUGAGCUUCUUACUGAGUCACCAUUAGAAGAUGAUAUGAAUUAUGAACUGUUUGAACUUGAGAGGAGCAUCCAGCCUGGUCUAGACAAUAAGAAGACAAAUCUGGAGAUGUAUUUAGAAGAUCCUAGGCUGGAUACGAGGUCUUUUACCGACAUAGAGGUUUUAGGUUAUUGGAAAGAUCAAGGACAACGCUAUGGCGAUUUAGCUUCUCUUGCAUGUGAUUUACUCAGCAUUCCAAUCACAACUGUGGCAUCGGAAUCAGCAUUUAGCGUUGGAGGGCGGGUGAUUAGUCCUUACAGAAACCGUCUUCUUCCAAAAAAUGUUCAAGCACUGCUUUGCACUCGAAACUGGUUAAGAGGUUUUGCUGAAUUUGAAGGUGAUGUUGAAGAUUAUUUUGAUGAAGACAACUUAGACAAGGAUCCAACAACCACAGCAAGUAGUUCUGCAAUAUGAGGUAGGAACUAGCAUCCAUAAAAAGUCAUCCACUUCAAACAGUGGAGAUCUAUUUCAGAAGGCUACCUUGAUCUUAUGUGAUGAUCUAUAUGAAAUGUCUUGGGUGAUUUUGAGUCUGUUUCUUUGAGCUGAUACUAUGUUUCUGAGUCUAUUUCUUUAAGAUGAUACUAUGUUUCUUAAUCUGUUUCUUUAAGUUGAUAAUAUGUCUUUUUACUCUGUUUUAAUGAUAUGUAUGGUUCCAUUC